AUGACUGUGCCUCUGAAAAUCAAAAUUCUCAGGACUGUGCAGCAAGUGCGACAAUGGCGAGCUGAACUGUUUCUAAACGAUCAAUCUGUGGGGUUUGUGCCCACGAUGGGGGCGUUGCAUGCGGGCCACUGCUCGUUGAUAUCGCAGUCGCUCGAAGAAAACGACAGGACGAUCGUGUCGAUAUUCGUCAACCCUUCGCAGUUUGCGCCGCACGAGGACUUGGACAAUUAUCCCCGAACUUUGGAGCGGGACUUGGAGAUCUUGGAGCUGCAGUUUGUCGGCCAACAAGUCGACGCAGUGUUUGUUCCCAAGGUCUCGGAGAUGUACCCCAAUGGCAUCACCUUGCACGUUGACCAACAAAAGGGUGCGUUUGUCACUGUCCACGGAUCUAGCGAGCAAUUGGAAGGGGUCAAGCGACCUCAAUUUUUCAGAGGCGUGGCCACGGUUGUGACCAAAUUGUUCAAUAUUGUCCAGCCCACCAGGGCCUACUUUGGCCAAAAGGACGCUCAGCAGUGUGUUGUCAUUAAAAACCUCGUGAGGGAUUUGAUCAUCCCCACGCAAGUGAGAAUAUUGCCCACGAUGCGUGAACCCAAUGGCUUAGCCAUGUCCUCGAGAAAUCAGUAUUUAUCGAGGGAGAUGAAAGAUAGAAGCGCCAUCAUUUACCAAUCUUUGCAAAAGGGUGCCUUGCAUUAUAAGGAGGGGCAACAGCAACAUCAAAAACAAGCUGUAGAUGCUGCGGAAAUAAGAAACAUCAUCCGGGAAUCGAUUAGCCAGGAUCCCGAGAUGGAAAUCGAGUAUAUCGCCACCAGCCACCCAGAUUCACUCGAGGACUUGGACUUUGUGGAACCCGGAAUAGGGGCUGUUGUGUCCUGCGCGGUCAAGGUCCCCAAAGAGAAUAGUUCCGAGAAGGCUAGAUUGAUUGAUAAUGUGAUUUUAAAUUAA